AUGCGGCUCUCUUCAGCCUUUUCCGUGGCCACACUGGCCCUGGCGUCAGGCGCCGUAGGUCAGACCGUUCAGCAUGCGCCCUCGAGUGCCCAGGGAGUACAAUUCCGCGUCAAUGUCCCUUCAAACACUGCUUCGUCCGGGAAUGGCCCCAUUUUUAUCCAGGUGGAGGCUCCGAGCAAUAUUCAAUGGGUCGGCAUAGGCCAGGGUAGCAGCAUGAGAAAUGCUAAUAUCUUUUUGGUCUACGGAGCAUCCUCGAACAAUGUCACCGUCUCACCGAGACUGGCAACAGGCCGCUUUGAGCCACCGGUGAACACUGCUACCAGGUUCUCGCUGGUCGACGGCACUGGUAUCUCGAACGGCAAGAUGACCGCCAAUAUCAGAUGUGACAACUGCCUGACAUGGGAAGGAGGGAACAUGCGUCCGACGGAUUCCGCUAGCUCAUGGAUCUGGGCUAUGAAGAGUGGCAGUCCUCUCCAGUCCACCAGUAUCAACGAGCGCAUCAGGCGACACGACUCGCUGGGAACUUUCAACUUAGAUCUCACCAGAGCUGUUGGUGGUUCUUCCAAUAACCCCUUCCAGGGCCUCAGCUCUUCACCCAGCCCGAGCGGUCGACCGAACCCGACCGGCCGGCCUCAGCAGUCCGCGGCUUCCAUCAAACGAACCUCGCAUGCAGUACUCAUGUCCACCACCUUUGUGGCUCUUUUCCCGCUCUUGGCUCUCAGCCUCUAUGCCGUUCCCUCGCCCAAGACUGUUCCGUUUAUCCACGCCCCUCUUCAGAUGAUCGCUUUGUGUCUCGCUAUUGUUGGUUUCGGCAUUGGUGUCUCGCUUGCAAUCGACAACAACUCCUUGAAUGGCUAUCACCCCAUCAUCGGGAUAGUCGUAGUUGCUUUUUUAGUGCUUUUCCAGCCGGCACUUGGCUUGCUACAACAUCUGCACUUUAGAAAAACCGGUGGACGGAGCACCUUCGGCAUCUUCCACCGCUGGGGUGGCCGUAUUUUCCUUGUUUUGGGAAUUGUGAAUGGCGGACUUGGUUUCAAAUACAGCGGGCUCGGCCAACCUGGUGUGGCUAGACCGGGCGCCAUUGCGUAUGCUGUUUUCUCGGCUCUCAUUGCGUUCGUCUACACCGGUUUUAUUUUGAUUAAAACCAUGCGGCCCCAGAAUAAGGUGAAUGUCAGAAGCGAGGAGCUCAAGGUGCUUGCGACCCAAACCAAUUGA